GAGGAAAUGUGGGGCUUUAACAGACAAACAAUAGCGCUCCUGCAAAUCGCAUUACCUCAAGUCAUAUUUAUUGCAUUGAGGAAACGAACGAAAUAAGAAGGGCUUCUUAACCGAGUUGUUUUACGCCCCUGACGGUGAGGAAGCAGCGAAAAAGUAAAACAAAAUCUACCGACUCCCAAGUGAAUAAUUUCAGGUCUGUAGUAUUGGCUGACGGACCGUGUAAACGCGGCUUGUAAAAGGAUCCCACCGUGGUUGGUCGUUGUGUUUAGAAAGGAGCCCACUCAGCUCUCCAGGCUCCUCAGCCAUGGCGCUGCUGGCCUACCUGAAGAGCCUGUUCAUCCUGCAGCUGCUGAUGGGCUUUGUGUUCGUGGUGAGCGGCCUCAUCAUAAACUUCAUUCAGCUCUGCACCUGCAUCCUCUGGCCCAUCAACAAGCGGCUCUAUCGCAUAAUCAACUGCCGGCUCGCCUACUCCCUCUGGAGUCAGCUGGUGAUGCUGCUGGAGUGGUGGUCGGGCACAGAAUGCACACUAUACACCGACCAAGCUACGGUGGACAAGUUUGGCAAAGAGCAUGUCAUCACCAUCCUCAACCACAACUAUGAGAUCGACUUCCUGUGUGGCUGGACUAUGUGUGAAAGAUAUGGCAUCCUAGGGAGUUCAAAAGUGCUAGCCAAACACGAGUUACUGAAGGUUCCUCUGAUUGGCUGGACCUGGUACUUCCUAGAAAUAGUCUUCUGCAAAAGAAAGUGGGAAGAGGACCGGAAGACUGUCUUCAGUUCACUGAAUAGGCUCAAAGACUAUCCUGAAUAUAUGUGGUUUCUGCUGUAUUGCGAGGGCACCCGCUUCACAGAGGCCAAGCACCAAAUCAGUAUGCAGGUUGCAGAGAGUAAAGGCCUGCCCAAGCUCAAAUACCACCUACUGCCCCGAACCAAAGGAUUCACCACCACCCUGCAGUGUCUUAAGGGCACAGUAACUGCUGUGUAUGAUGUGACUCUCAACUUCAAAGACAACCAAACCCCCACUCUCCUGGGCAUCGUCAGCGGCAAGAAAUACAAAGCUGACCUGAGUGUAAGGCGGUUUCCGGUAGAGGACAUACCCGAUGAUGAGAAAGAGUGUGCCAUCUGGCUGCACAAGCUCUACCAGGAGAAGGAUGCCUUACAGGAAAGCUACAAAAAGGAAGGCAAGUUCCCCGGACCCACAAUCACUCCUAAACGCCGGCCAUGGACGCUGCUGAACUUCCUGUUCUGGGCCACCGUGCUGCUUUCGCCCCUCAUCAACUUUGCUUAUGGAGUGGCUGUCAGUGGCUCCCCGCUCCUCAUCAUUGGCUUCAUCAUCUUCCUCAUCAUAGCCUCGAUAGCUAUCCGCCGCCUCAUAGGGGUCACCGAGGUGAAGAAAACAGGCUCCAGUUACGGCAACCCGGAGGCCAAGAAAGAAAACUAAAGUGUCACCCUCCUCCGUGUGCGGUCACCCUGCGGCGUCUAACCCCUGCCCGCCUCCAUUCUCCUCCUUCUGUUGAGUCAGUUGGCAGGCUAGGGAGGAGACCCAGCUGUGAAAACAUAAUAGAGCCCAGAGAUAGAAAUACUAAUGGCACUAGUGAGAGAGAGCAUGGACAGUGUGGGCUUCGCGCUCUCUGGUGUACAGAACAUGAGGAGGGGGAGAUGCAGCACCAUAUUCCCCUUGUUUCUUUCUUAAUCCCUCAUCCAUGUCCUUUAAGAUCCCGCUAACACUCAGGGGUUAAGCUCCUAACCUGUUUAAGGUCACAUUUCCUGCUCUCCACUUCCUGUCAGUCAUCAGCCAAUCAGGGAGGGGCUCAUUCUUAUUGCCCAAAGACCACAAGCCGAUCUGUAUCUGAUCUUUUUAAACUUAACCACCGAGGGGCAGUGUGUUUCUGCAGCAGCGUACAUCACUCUUUUCCUCGCCCAGUGGGACUUGUAAUCAGAACCGGUGCCUUGAGGCCCAGCCUGUUCUGCUUUAUCUUAAAGAGUCAUUUCACCCGAAUCACAGAACCUGUUAACCUCCAGGUAUCAAGCCAUGCAGAUAGUUUUCAUUGUAUGGGCCAAUCCAAUACAAUGUAGGGAGGUCCAUUUUGCUCAAAUCAUUGCAAAGUACAUUUGAAAAACUUCAACAGCAAUGUGUCUUUCAGAAUAUAAGUCUAUUACUUAGGUAAUGAUGAAAAUAUUCAGAAAUGAUCCAAAGUUGGUAGUGAAAAACUGACCAUAUUGUUGGAUCAUCCAAGUAGUAAGCACAUUUCUGUUUUUGGAGAGGGACAUUGCUCCUGAGUUUUUCAAUAUUUUAAUUAGUUUAAGCACCACCAACAACAUCACCUCACUUGUAUUGUCCAACAUCAUCUCCAGGGCUAGAUACUGCAAUCGUUAGGUGGGAAAAUCUUAUUUUUUCUCCAUCAAAUUGUGAUGUUGGUGAACUGAUCCUUUAUUUUGAUUGCGUGGAAAGGCUGGUGUCUGCAAAACUCAAGCAAGGGCUCCCAUUGUGAAAUCUGUCCUCAUCAAGGACACCUGCCAUCUGUAACAGGUCUCAUGCAUCACACACACACACACACACACACACACACACACACACACACACACACACACACACACACACACACACACACGGAGUCACCCCGACACAUUAUUAUUAAUGUUCCCAUCCCUGUUCUUAUUUUACUUGCUUAACAGGAAAUCGCAUGUAUGUUGUUUUUCAUCAUUUUGACGAUUUCUUCCCCCCUAAAUGUGACGUUGAAUCAACCAGCAAACCCAGUCGAAACACUGAAGCAGUUCAAUCGACCAAUCCCCGAUCCAGAAAAGGUCAUCAGCUGUCUACAUGUAGCGUCGCAGUACUGAUGUUUUAACCUUUGCCUUAAAUCAAGCUUGCUCAGGCGAGGGAUUGCUUAUUCGCCACCCCUUUAAAACAGCACCCACCUCUUACCUCUGCGCUCUGGCUGAAUACUCAUCCUCUCCCUGCCAUCACAGGGCAUGGAGGAGCUGUGUGGAUUCGUUGGGUUUGAUUACCAAAGCCAAUGAGCAAAUAAAACCCUUGUUAUUCUUUCAAGUGAAAAGCUGUUGGUCCGUUAAAGGGCGUCCCCGUUCCUGUACAUCGUUUGUCAGUGAAACAAAGCUGCUUGCUUACACUCCAUGGGCAGGCAGCUCUGUUUUACUCCCAACAUCGUAGCCAAUGUCGGUGCACAGCUCUAAAUAUUUCACAAUUUACAAAUCGGUAUUAAACUGCAUCAAAUUAAACAUUGGCUGCUGCAGUAAAAUUAGUGGAUUUCUUCACCAAAACAAUGGUAGCAAGACAUGGAGGGGAUAUUUUGUGUUCUGCUCUCUCUCUCUUUCUCUCUCCCUUCCCCUCCUGUGCCACCUGUAGUGUUAAUCAUUUAUUUUGGUUUUAAUUUGUCACUCCUCAGCAGCAAUACCUUGUGUACGUCCUCUCUCUGUAGCGUUAUGUCAACCCAGACAGAUUUCAUGCAAGCCUUAAUAGACACUGCUGCUUAGUUUUUGUGUGAAAAUGUAGAAGCUAAAUGAGCCCCUGUGGUAGUGAAGAAAAACAGUCCUCCGGUAUAGCAAGCAGUUUGCUGGGAUUAGUUGCCCUGCUGCUUCUUCUACAAUCUAACAUUCAAGAUUUAACAACUGGAUAAAGUCUGGUCUUAUGCACAAAGAGCUCUGUUCAUAAUCAACAUUUUUUUACAAGGAGAUAUUUGAGUUGCUUUACCUCAAAUAUUUGUUAAAAGCUUUAGUAUCACGGCCUGCUAUAUUUUUCCUCAAGAGAUCUGAUCAGAAUUCCAACUCAUUCUGUCAUUCAGUAAAUAUGUCUCAUUUCAAAGAUGCUGAGAAGUCCUGAUCAGUAUUUGGAAAAAAAUUUUUUUAUUCAGAUCAGAAGUUUAACACAAGGUUGUUGUUUAUCUUUUUUCUGAGGUCUCCGAUGGAAUUAAAUAACAUUACAAAUUGAGAUUUAAAAAGUCUUUAAGUGGUGUCAGAGAUAAUUGAGUUAGUGGCACCUCUUGCGUCAGCUUUUCUUUGUUUUCUAAGGCUAUUUUUAUGUUUUCUUCAAUUAAAGCACUUAAGAAUAUUAAAGGAUUUAAUCACAAAGCAACUUUUA